AUGUCCUUCUACACGCAUCCUUCACAACCUUUGACUUCACUCUACCAUAAGCCAGCUGUAAAACAGUCGUCAAAAAAUAAAUUGCUUUUGUUCAUUCCUGGGAAUCCUGGCCUUAUAGACUACUACACCACUUACUUGGAAAUUAUUCAAAAGCAAUACCCCAGUCUUGAAGUAUUAAACAUAUCUCAUGCAGGGUUCCAGACAACUGAUAAUUAUAUUUCAAAGGGAGAGAAUUCUCCGUUCGUAUUUUAUGACUUAAAUUACCAAAUUAACCAUAAGGUUGAAAUAAUUGAAGAAUUUGUAAAUGAGAAAUGGAAAAAGAAUGGUGGGGCUGGUACGGAGAAGAUCGAAUUAUUUUUUUUAUGCCAUUCAGUGGGUGCAUUCAUAUCACAAAGAGUCAUCAAGAGGCUCUUGGAAUUGCCGGAUAUCUCUAAAAAGAUAUCUAUAAAGUUUGUGGGGUUAAUUUGUCCAACCAUUCUUGAUAUAAAGAUUUCAUCUUCUGGGAAAAUAUUCACAAGACUCUUCUGGCUCUUACCCUUAAUUAAAGUGGUUUUAUUUUGGACCAGAUUUUUGAAAUGGAUUCUUACACCACAAAGGAUCAAGGGUAUCAUAAGAUACCAUCUUUCCAAGAAAAAGGUGGCCGGUAGUAGAGUAGACCCAGAUGCAACUGCAAACAUGGAAAAUUCCAUUAUUGCAACUUACAAUCUUGUUCUGUCGCAGAGAAUUAUCAGACAAGCAUUAACCCUUGCAGAAGAGGAAAUGGAAGAGAUCUCUCAACAUAAAUCUACAAAUGAUUUUUUCUUCAAAACUUUAACAAAUAGUGAAAACCGUGUAAAGAUAUGGUCUUUUUUUGCAGAUAAGGACUAUUGGGUUCAUGAUAAUACGAGGGAUUCGAUACUCUCUCAGUAUACUGAUCUAGAUAAUAAAAAUUUAAACUUUCAGCUUGGAGAAAAGUCGGGUAUCACACAUAGCUUCUGCGUUGACCAGAAUAAGGAGUUUGCCCUAAUUACAAUCAAUGCUUUGGAUAAGUUCUUUAACAAUCAAUUGGAUUAG